CUCCCACAACACCACCAACAUACGGUGUCAGCUGCCAGUGGCCCUGUAAACUACCAUCAACACUAAGAAAGAUUUAUCUCAAGAUUAGAAUCAUAGCUGUCAGUGGCCUUAUAAACCCCAACAACAACAACAUUAGCAUCAUAUUCAUAUAUUGCUUUAAAUAGGUGGGUAGGAUGUGAGUAGGAAGCAUUUGAAAUUUGAGAGUUCUUAAUUCAUCCACCUGGCUACCCUGAGCUAUUGCCCUCUCCAGCUAAGCAUUUCCUGAGGCCCACUGCCAGACUGUACUCUUCAUGUUGCAAUCAACAUUAUGUUCCAAGACAUAACUCAGCAAAUAUACAGACAAGUUCAGUAUGAUACUGUUCAACUCUGCUAUGGACUGGCAGUUACAGAUGUGGACAAUGAUGGCCAGCUGGAACUUAUUGUAGCUGGAUUUGCUGGCCCAAAUUUGGUUCUUAAAUAUAACAAGUCAAAGAAGAAGUUAGAAAAUAUAGCAGUAGACGAUCCAUCUAGCCCAUACUAUGCACUGAGGGAUGUAGCAGGUAAUGCCGUUGGUGUGUGUGCCUGUGAUGUUGAUGGAGAUGGACGAGAAGAAAUUUACUUCCUCAAUUCAAAUCAAAAGUAUAGGGACAAGCUCUUCAAGUUUAGAAAUGGUCAUUAUGAGGAUAUUCUUGCUGAUGAAAUAAAUCAAGAUAUUGCUAGUCACUUAGCUGGACUCUCAGUUGCUUGCAUUGACCGUAAUGGUACUGGAAAAUAUGCUAUCUACGUAGCAAAUUAUUCAAGAGGGAAGCUUGGUACCCAUUCUCUAACAGAAAUGGCUGAACUGCUGAAUGACCCUUUUGGAUUUAGUACCUUUCAUGAUUAUUAUCAUCUAAUAGAAAUGGACGAGAGCUGCAGUGAUGUAGCUAAUGGUGUUGUGGCACUGAGAAAUGUUGCUCAUGAGGCUGGUGUUGCCCAGCUCACAGGUGGACGUGGAGUUACAGUGGGCCCCAUUCUUAGUAAGGAUGGCAGGAGUGACAUCUUUUGCAAGAAUGAGCAUGGCCCCAAUUUUUUAUUCAAGAAUAAUGGAGAUGGUACUUUCACUGAUGUUGCAGCUGAAUCAGGUAUUUCUGAUGCAUACGAGCAUGGUGGCGGGGGAGUAAUGCUCACUGAUUUUGAUGGUGAUGGUAAAUUAGAUAUUAUUUAUGGUAACUGGAAUGGCCCACACAGAAUAUUUCUUCAAACAACUGAUGAUGAGGGUCAUCCCAGAUUUAGGAAUAUUGCAACAGAUGAAUUUGCAGAGCCAUCACCUGUACGGUCAUUAGUAGCUGCUGACUUUAAUAAUGAUGGCAACUUAGAGGUGUUGAUGAGUAAUAUUGCUUAUCGCAGUCCUGCCCCCAAUCGUCUCUUUCAAGUGAUGCGUGGUGCUAAUGGCCAAGAUCCUACCAUUAAGGAAAUAAAUAUAGGAAAAGCACUGGAGCCCUGUUUUCAAACUGCAGGUUGUGCUGUGACUGACUUAAAUGGAGACGGCAUCCUGGAGAUGAUAUUAACUCACGGAGAUUCAACAAUAGAGCCUUUAAGCAUCUUUACACCACUAACAGAUAAGGCACUUAACAGAGGAUGGCUACGUGUGCGGGUGCUGACUCAGCAAGGAGCCCCAGCUAGAGGUGCCAAAGUCACCCUGCACACUAGCAGAGGACGUCAGGCUCGAAUUAUUGAUACAGGUUCAGGGUACCUCUGUCAAAUGGAACCUGUAGCACACUUUGGCAUUGACUGUGACAUUCCGGUUAGGUUGGAAGUUUUGUGGCCUGACACCAAGUUUAAGGUGCUUAACCUUGAAGCCUCCAAUGUCAAUAUGGAAAUGAUUGUCAGUCAUCCCAGGUGAGACAAGCAGUCUGUUGUCUCAGACACAAGCAGCCUGGGUAGCUUGUGGCUCAAGAGUAACAGCUUAUUACUCAUAUAGGCAAAUGCCUUUUUAAAAACUGUAAUUAUUCAAUUGAAAUAUACUGGGCUAUGCUGUAUUAAAUGUUUAUUCAUUACUGAAAUAUAAUAGUAGUGUUUUUAGUUGUUAAUUCAUUUUGCAAUUAAAAGCUGCAAAAUCAGCACUGCUCAUAAAAACUUUAUUACUGUAUAUGUAAAAACAUUGGCUUUUCAUUAGAAUUACAUUAAUUCAGUUAUAUUGUCAUCAUUUAUUAAAGUAAAUUUUGUUUAAUUUUUCUCUUAAAACACUAGUGUACUAUUGAACUCAUUUAAGUAGUACUUGCUUGGUCAAGAUUUCCAUGUGCAAUACUGUACACACAGUAUGUUCCACUACUUUAUAUUAUUUUAAAUCAAUAGCUUUCAUUCUUUUUCUUAAUGUUUGAAAUUAAUUUUACACAAAAUAUUCUCUCACCUCUUGGGCAUACAUCUCAAAUCUUAUCUCGUCAAGCACUUUCUCUAUUGUGGCUGUCUUUGUUACAUUAAUUCCGUAUUUAGUACACUGCUGAAAAACACAUUUCAGCUUAGUCCCUGCAACUUGAGUUUGCACUUUGCUACAUGCAUACUAAAUUAGUAAUAACUAUUCCAAUGAUUCCUUACCUUUUUUCUAGCUGGCUAUUUUUUUUUUUUUUAUCUUAUUUGUACAGUAUUGUAAUCAGACAUCUUCAUUUUCCUAAGCAUUUUGUUUAAUGUCAGCUCAGUCAUGCAUCAAUUUUAUUUAAAUAUUGAAAACACCUUGGGACAAAUUGCAUUACUCAAUUAUUACAGACUUUGUAAAUUUUGAAUGCAGAAUAUUGUAGUUGUGUUGAAUGUAAUUAUUAGAAAGAAAUGAGGAAGAAUGGGUAGAAGGAAAAAACUGUUUUAUUGCUGUUGUAUUCCUGACUAGCCAUGAAUAUCGUGCUGCUAAUGCUGCUCCUGCUCUUCCUCUAAUUCCUUACAAGUUAUGCUGCUUACUGCAAAUUUAACUGCAGUAUUAUAAUACUGGGUAAUAUGGUUUACCACCCAUCUAAUAGUGAUAAGUAUAAACUAAAUAC